AUGUCUGAGAAAAAGAGACUAUCAGUAAAGAAAAAUAAAGAAAGUCAAAGAAAAGCUAUUUUGAAAUAUUUUCGUACAGAAACACAUUCUACAGGUACUGAUUCUGCUACUGAAAGCGAUAGCGGUGUGAGUAAAAAAUCUAAAGUGAUAGUUGACGAUAAAACUGUUAAUAAUGCUAAUAUUUCAAAUCAACAAAAUGAAGUUGUAAAUAUCAAUGAAAACCAAAUUUAUCUACCUGAAGCAACUCCUGCUGUUAAUAUUUCAAGACAAAUUGAAACUGAAACUCAAAUUAGAAUAUUAUCAUCUGCAGACUACAGUGACCCUGCAAAUUGGCCUACUCAUUUUAGUGACAAUUUUCGGCAAUUUGUUAUAAAAAAUAGACCGCAACAAAUUGAAAAAUAUAACUUUCCACGAGAUCAAGAUGAACAAAAAAGAAAAUUUUCAUCAAUCUAUUACAAGCGGACAUUACCAAAUGGAGAAAAAGUCUCUCGUUCUUGGCUUAUAUAUUCAGUUUCAAAAAAUGUAGCUUUUUGUUUAUGUUGUAAAUUAUUUGGUAAAAGCAAAAGUAGUUUGCCGGCUUUAGAAGGUUCAGGUUUAAACGAUUGGAAGAAUAUUGGAGCACUUUUUUCUUCUCAUGAAAAAAGCAAUUCACAUCUCGUAAAUUUUCAAAUGUGGAAAGAACUUGAUAUACGUUUAUCUACAGAAAAAACCAUAGAUCAUAUUAACCAACAAAAGAUUAAUGAAAAAGAACAAUAUUGGCAACAAAUUUUAGAAUGA